AUGGGCCGCGCUAUUUACCCACAACCCAUUAGGCUUUGGCGUACGACACUGGAUGUUUCGCAUCAUCAACCCGUUUUUUUUUCGCAAGUCUUUGCCAACGCUCCGCGUGCUCGUGUGCAUUUACUUUGCGGACUCGACCCCUUCACGGCUCUUAUCAAACUCAGAUUUAUUUUCAGACCCAGAGCAAAUCGGUUUAUAAUCCAAGGCAUCCGACCUCGCUUCUUCCUCGUUUCGCACCCUGCAAGUGGUCCAUCGUCCCGGCUCGCCCACCAUGUCCAUGGCAUGGCAUCAACUUCUUCAACGCCUCCAACGCCUGGAACUCUCAACCCAGGUAUCCGGAACAUUCCAGUUGAGAUAGUUGAACUCAUUAUUAAAGAGGUUGUCUUAUCAAGCCCUGUCAUCGGUCCUAACCCUACCAAUUGCACUGACAUCGCCUUAUUGCACCACGCAUGCGUCACACGAUUUCUUCAUUUACGUUUGGUGUCCAAAUCACGGGACAUUGCUAUCGUUCCUUUUGUUUUCAAUAACCUUCGCUUGACCCGUGGUGAGAUGGUGAAAUCUCUUAUUCGCAUCUGGAAAGAAUCAUACAUCACUCCCGGAUUGCCACCACUGCGAUAUCUAUAUUUCGACGGCGUUAUCUAUUCAAUGGCCCUACCGCAACUACCUGCCGGCCAUAGCUCAACCUCCGAAUCGCUAUUGUACCCUUUCUCUAUCCUACCAGACGAUGCGGCUGCCCUCGUUACUUUAUGCCACUCUACUCUGACUGAAUUAAAGUUACGGUUUAUAAAUUGUGUCGGCUUCACUCCCGCGCUCAGUGAUGCUCUUAACCUUGCUACUGGGCUUGAAACUUUAAACAUCGAGAGCUACGGAGCUCCAAUGGAUGGACAUGACGCUUGGUCAAUCAAGCUCCUCCUCGAGCGCGUAUCCUCAAUUCGAUCUUUAUCUUUCAAUAUGUCGCCGCUCCCGCCAUUAAACCUGCAAGGUAGCGCCCUUCCCCAUUUGGAACAUUUCUGGCUAGAAUGUGACAUUCACGACAUUGAGGCUGGCAUUGACCUUUGUCAUUCGAGUUACAGACCAAUCAAUUGCCUCGAGCUUUUCACGCGGGAAGACCAUGACCCCGCCGGCCCACUCGCUCUCGGCCUUGUAGAAACCCUCGAAAUUUUAUUUAUCGUUUCGAUCCCUGACCGCAUCCCGGAAGCGAUACGUAAUACAGUUUUUCCCAAACUGCACGUACUUCGCAUUGAAUAUUGUUACCCAGUACAAUGGGAGACCAACUGGUUAGAAUGGCCGGUUUUAAAAAUGAUCGAGGUACUCGUCACAAGCUACUGGCACGGCAGCGUAUACUGGCGCAGUAUCUUAACCCAAACUGAUAUUAACAGCUUUAAGCGUCCCCCAAAAUUGAAGCACAUCGUUUUUGCCAUGCCCAGAGGGGAAUUCCUUAAUGACAUAGACUUGGUAGAACGGUUCCACAAAAUCCGAAUACAAUGCCACUUUAUAGCUCAACCUACGCGUGAAACUUCACUGAGAGCCCGUAGGCCGAGCGGCCUCAUGAGCCCAGCCUUGCGGGGUCCUCCAUACGUAGGGGCUGCGUCCUCACUUUGUACUUAG